UGCAGUUCUUUACCACAGCGCUGGACAGUAAGCCCUGCUUCAGUGUUUGAUUUUUUGGGAGGGUUUGCCUCAGUCUAUUGGGAAAUCAAACAUAAAUGCUCCACCCUUCUGAACUUCUCCUUCCACAGCCUGUGAGACAGCCUGGUUUGAUGAGGGGGAUGUUACCAGACACGGGGACUCAGAGUUCUUGCGUGACCUGAGAAGGAAGCACUGGACGAGGAUCUGCUCCAACCCGGUGGACAUGGAGGCUCAGACGGUUUCUGGGGUCAAGUCGCAGCACACCGGGAACACCUUCCACGUUCACAGCGCGUCAGAAGGCCUUUUGUGCCUUAACUCCGAACAGAAAUGGAAACAGUGUGAAGAUUACAAGGUCAAGUUCACCUGCACGGGGCAGUUCUGCUCAGAGUGUAGGACGCGCUGGUUUGAUCACGAUGACCCGACCGGAAAUGGAGACUAUGAGGUCCUUACUGACCUCUUAAACAUAUAUCCAAGAGAAAUCUGCCCUCACCCAAUAGCCAUCGAGGUGGAGAGCAUUUCCGGGGAACCUGCCUCCAACACCUCCGAUACUUUACUAAGUUAUGAUGCCACCUAUGGGUUCGCCUGUGUAAAUGCAGACCAGGGGAGCAGGAGCUGUGAAGAUUACCGGGUCAGAUUUACGUGUCCAGAAGAGUUCUGUCAAGUGUCAGAGCAGUGUCGAACACAGUGGAUGAGCGGCGAUAACCCGUCAGAGGAGGGUGAUGUCGAGUCCCUGGUUCAGCUGCUGAAAACUUUCCCCGGUCAAGUCUGUAGAAACCCGAUCAGCAUUGAGGCCAAGACAGCGAGUGGAAUAUCUGCCACGCAGACCGGAGACACCUACCUGUCCUAUGACGUAGCGUUUGGGUUUGCAUGCAUCAAUGAGAAGCAGAGGGAUAAACAAUGUGAGGACUAUCAAGUCAUACUGACGUGUCCCUCAGAUUUCUGUCAGGGUAAGUUUUCAUGCAGGUAAGAUUUAUUUUGGACUUUAAUACAUGUGAUGUUUAAAAU